ACAGCCAAUGCAUUGACAGGGGUCGAGCUCUUCUUGAAGGAGGAUUUGAUCGUGUGGUUCGGAUGCAAUUCGUGAAGAUAUAUUCCAACAUCCUUCGCGAUGGCGGUAUGGGCAGAUUUGGGCUGCGCCCGAAUGGAUGUAACAAAGGCUUCCGAUAACAUGGUCUCGGUUGGCGCGAGGCCGCUGAAACGCGUGCACUGGUCUCCUUGUAUGCUGGUAUCUUCACGGGGGGGUGUUCUAGGGAGAAAUUGAGCUGUCGAAUAUCAGUGCUUGGGGGCUAUUUCUGUGUGCCAAUCGCGAGAAGGUCAGGAUGAGUGAUCUGCAGGAGAGAAGGCUCUUGAAGGUUGGGAAGUUGUUUUGUUGGACAGAAUUGCGCGAGAACACGAGAAGAGUGCGCACAGAGCGCUGCGCCGGUGAAGCUGCAACGAAGAAAAUUGAAGAUCUGCGAAGGAAUUUGUUUGGUGUUUUGCUUGUUCGCCAAACAAGAAAAAAAGCGGGCACGCCAACCUCGCUUCAGUCAGCACUGCCAGCUCAGCUCCCAUGCACUCACGACUCGUAUCCUCUCCCUCUCCCUCCUCUCCUUUCCUUCUUCCUCCAUUUCUUCGCCUGUGCCCCAUUCGCUCAACUCGUGCUAUACCUCCUCCUUCCAAUCCACGAAGAAUAUCAAUUUUGUUGCUUUUGUUCGUAUUGCGAUUUUCUAGCGCAGCUGAAAGCAUCUUACGAGAUUGACUCCACCCUGUCUCGCUGUUCCCCUUCUCUCUGCGCACCAAUCGACCCCUUGCUGCGCUGCCAAUACUCGCACCUGCACCCGCACCCCCCUAUCCAAUAUUCCCCUAAGCCGAUGUAUCGCUUUAUCUGUCAGCCACAAGAUCUUCCCCGCAGUUGAUCCUGAGGCCAGGCUCGCUGAUCUGCGCUGGGCAAGUGCCACAUACUGCGCCUCUGGUUGCUUUUCCCGUCCCGUCCCGAUUCGUCUCGAUUCAUCUCACACGCCAGACGAGUCGGCGACCGAGGCUGGCUUUUCGGCUUCCAAGAGGCGCAACUUAAAACCUGCAAGGAGAGGCUCUCAUGGUAUCCUGUUCAGAUGAUGGGCCCUGCCACCCAUCGAUUUUCGCCCAGGUGAG